AUGAACCAAAGGAACUUAUCAAAGGAUGCUUGUAUAUGGAUGCAGACAUUGGCGCCAUAUUUGACAGCAAAGAAACUGCUUGAUGACAGGUACGGUGACCCUUACAUAGAUUCGAAUGCGUAUUUGAAGAAAAUUUUAGAAUGGCCUAGUAAAAAGACCGGAGAUGAUGCGGCGGUUGAUCGUUUGGCUACGUUUCUCGAACAGUGUUUGAGUGCGAUGACGUUAUUGUCCUAUUUGAACAUUCUCGAUCAUCCACAUAAUUUACAAAUGCUUAUCGUCAAGUUACCCUUCUAUUUGCAAGAUAAAUGGCGGCGAGAAGCAAUCAGAAUUCGUGGUAACGGAGCAAGAAUUCCUAGCCUGAAAGUCUUUACGAAGUUUGUUCAAUGUUUGUUCAAUUGUUCAAGAUUGCGAAUGAUCGUGUCUUUUCUCGUAGCGUUCUCGGAAGAAUACAAGUGCCAGACAAGAACCCAAAAAUGUCCGGCCAUGGUCCCGACGACCCUUUGUAUAAGUAGAACAGUCGUGCAACGAAGGUAG